AUGCCGUCCAUGGUCGUUAUACCAUCAAAUGGCUAUACGAGGCGGCGCGUCCUCGUCGAUCGCGUCCACUCGAUAGUCUCAAAUCGCGUGCAAAAGGAUGACGAACAAUACCUAGUCCGGUGGAACACCGAUGAUGCGUCAGAUCAAGCGCCGCUAAGCUGGCAUUCGAUCAAAGAACUCUUGCGAUGUCUCGAACACGUCCAAGAUUACCUUGAAGUGAGAGAGAAGUCUACGGAAUUACUGGAACACGUGCAACCUACAACCAAAAAGCGCAAAACACCAGACAGUGGCCUGGAGGAUGAACGCCGCUCUUCACCGUUUGAUCCUCGCCUUUACCAAGCACAACAUGGAGGUCAGACGCCGUCGUUCUCUCAGUCUCCGACAUCAACACCUCCGCCUCCAUCUCCACCUGAUGUAUACAACGGCGUCCUAGAUGCCGACGAGCAUGGAUACAUCUUCUGCCGUACAUCUACAAGACCAGAUAUACCAAAGCUUGACAUCAGCAACUUCCCAGCACCAUAUAUGAAGCAUACAGCGCAAAGAUCCAGCGUCGACAAAGCCCUCGCCUACAUCCGCAACGAGUACAUCCGGCGACUCUCCAAAGUCACGGGCAAAGACAGCAAACCAAUCAAACUAGUCAACCUCGUAGACUCCUCCACCCCGUCCCUCCGCUUCCGCUACAUCUCAGACUGCAUCCUCCGACCCGGCGUCAUCCGCGCACCCCCAGAGACGCAAACAGGCUGCCAGUCAUGCUCGCCGCACAUGGGCCGUGACAUCGGCUGCGAAUACACGAGAAAAUGCGACUGUCUCGAGUACGCCGCCGUCGACGAAUCACGCCUCACAGACUCUCAAGUCCUCGAGUACCAACACGCCCUCGCCAACGGCCUGUCAACCAUGGGUUUCCCAAAAAGAUUUCCGUACUACGCUGCGGGCACAAAGCGCGAGCGCACAGGCUGUCUCGUUUCAUUCUAUCUGCAGUCGCGCAACCCAGUCUACGAAUGCAACGACAAGUGCAACUGUGGGCGCCACUGCCGCAACAAAAACGUGCAGUUUGGUCGGCAAGUCGAAGUCGAAAUCUUUCGCUCCGCUGACGGUCGCGGCUGGGGUCUCCGCUGCACCGAGGACCUGCACGAGGGCCAAUUCAUCGAUACCUACCGUGGCGAAAUCAUCACCGACGCCGAAGCUGAACGCCGUGAAAACGCUUCCUCCUCCAAAUCAAAAGCUUCGUACCUUUACUCCCUGGAUAAAUUCAGGGAAUCAGAGGGCCUCGACGAUAAGGAUCUGUAUGUUGUCGACGGCGAGUUCAUGGGUGGGCCAACCAAAUUCAUAAAUCACUCUUGCGACCCGAAUUGUCGCCAGUAUACGGUGAGUUAUAAUCGCCAUGAUGUUAGGAUUUACGAUAUUGCGUUCUUUGCGUGUAGGUUUAUCCCGGCGGGCGAGGAACUUACUUUUGAUUAUCUGGAUAAGGAUGAUGGGGGUGAGGAGGAGGAGAUGGAUGAGCCGGGCGAGGGCGCUAUUCCGUGUCUUUGUGGGACUAAGAAGUGUAGAAAGUGGUUGUGGACGUGA